AUGAAUACUAUUUCUGCAGUCAAACCCUAUGCUUGUCACCAGUGUGACAAACGCUUUGGACGGAGAUAUAACCUCUUGAGACAUACCGAAAAUGCACAUGCUGAAGAUGAAUCCGACAUAGACGAAGUUGAGGUGGAUAAUUCUGAACCUGAAUUUAAAAGCAGUAGAUUUGAAGAUCCGGAAAUGGAAAACUAUGAAACUGAAUCUACGUAUGAUGAAGAAGAAGAUCUUGAGGAAAAUGAUUCCGAAUCCGUCACGGAGGUGGAAGAUGACGAAUCAUCUGAUGAAGAUGAGUCUAGUUCUGAUUUGGAAGACAAUGCAGCCUAUUUAGACUGGUUGGGAGAGGCAAAAGAAGCGAUUGAUGAGAUGUGGAGUGAAAAACAUGAAAAGUACAUCAACGAGGGCAUAAAAAUUAUGGACGAGAUCGAAGACAGAGUCAAUCAUUCCGGUAUUCUACUGCCCACGGCUGUCAGCCGGGUCAUAUCUAAACACCAGGCCAAAUUUGACGGCCUGUUCCAUCAAUUAGAUGAAGAUGACGUUAACGAGGAAGACAGUGACGAUUAA